AUGGAUUCGGAAUGGGAGCAGCGUGCUGAAAAGGCACUCAAGAUGACGAGUCAACCCUUUCUCGACGACAAUAUUAUGGAUCAUGAGUGUCCCCCUAGUUGCGCCAAGAGCGACCUCAAAAGACCUCGGCUGCGAAAGUUCCCGUUCGAUUUAGACUCGAUAUCCUUUGUCGGCGGCAUCUAUCCAUAUCGUGGCCGCAAUGUCUGCACUGGCCAAGGUCUCGACGGCGGACUCGACGGGUAUAAUUGGAAAAUUCGCGUUCGAAAUGCUGGUCCGACCCAUGUCUUGAAGCUACUUUGGGAUACGGAGCCCUGGUAUCCGCAUUAUUUUGCCCCUCAGAGAGAAUGUCAAAAUGCUGCUCUUCUCCAGGCCAUGGAGGCGGCAGUGGCGGACGCAGCCCGGCCUGACAAUGCCAACGGGCCGAUUCUGGUCAACCCAGAGCCCAAGACGUGGGACGAGGCGUACAAGAACAUGCUUGCCUUUUCCAACGAGGCUCGUCGGCGGCGCAUUGGCGUACAGUCUCACGAUUUGCUGUCCAUCACCAGUAUGCCUCGUAUGCGAAAGUGCUAUGGCUGGAUGCAAUUUACGGGAGAGGAAUUGCUUCGCCAUUUGCCUCGAAGGUUGAUACCGCCAUACGUCGAAGUGGACAAGGUUGUUCGGUCUAUUGACGACGAAAAACUCUACACAGCGGUUGUCUAUGAGUUUAUACAGGAAGCUGACAAUGAUGUUGACGUGGUCAAGUCAGUGUUGGAGUUCUUGUCGCAUGCUGGUUUCUGCCAUAGGUGGCCCAAAGCAGAUAAUUGGAAAGGGGGUGUGUUGGUUGACUUGUCCGAUAUUGUGAACCCUAGAAGCUACGGAUGGAGGGAACAAGGGUGCGGUAGAACGGAUCCAAGCUUUGUGUUGGAAACUUAUACUUGA